AUGGCGGCUGGUGGUGCCGUUGCCACGCCACGGCGAUUUGCGCUGUCAACGCUCUUGAGGGGGUUGAGAGGUAGCUCUUCGCGGACAGUAUGGGCCAUGAUCGCGGGGGCCCUCAUUGCCAUGAUCCUCAGGUACCUGCAGGACCUUUACCGAAAGUUCCGGCGACAGGAAGCUGAGUCGCUUUGGCGUCGACACGUGGACCUCAGCGUGGUUCAGGCAAUCUUGCUCACGACGGAGCACUUGAAAUCCCUGGGCCGCGUGGAGAAGCGCACACUCUUCGUGAAGCCCAUUACGGAAGUCUUUAAGAACGAGUUUGUCUUGGCUAAUGUUCUCAGCACAGCCGAAAAGGCUGUGGAAAAAAACGAGCCAUUCCUGGUGACGCAGAUGUCUCAGGAAGACAAGUGGCAUGUGCUGACCACUUGCACGAAUCACCUGAGCUCUUGCUUCGCUCCGUAUCAUGUCUUCUUCAAUGAGGCCCGUCGUGUGGAGUCCUACUAUCAGUCGGCAUGGUAUGUUUUCACUCUCACUUGCGCUCAAACCGAAGCUUCUGGAAGAUGGUUUAUCACGCCUCUCAAGCCUGUGGGGAAAGAUGAUGUCGGAAUGCUUCGCAUCCGAAUCGUCAUGAUGAACGAGCAGGAACUGAGAGAGAUCGCCUCUGGCGCUAUCGAGCCUCCAAGCUUUGGCUUCUUCAAUGGGCGCCACGAAAGCCGAUGGAAGACCUGCCAGCGUUUUGCGGAGCUCUUUGAGCGACAGUUGACCAAAGUUAGCGGCCAAAGCGACGUGGGGGAUGCUGAGUGGGGUCCUAACCUUUGUGGAAGACUCUCGCAGUCUCACAAGAAGAAGGCAGGCAGCAAUCCCUUGCUAAUGGCCAUGGGUGACACGGCCGCACAGCAGAGCCCUGCUGAAGAGAAUUGCAUCUUGCGAAUUCAUGUGCCGUUCCCGGCCGGGCGUUCCGCGAUGGAGAAGACGGACUCGCAGAGACGUCUAGAAGAGUGCGUCUCCAAGGAUGUAGUACUUUUCGAGUAG